AUGCAAGGAUUGAUGUUCAUCAUCACUAUUUACCUCCUGUCUACGUUGAUGGUAUGUUUUGGGCACUAUCCUAGUGAAAUAACCGCAUUGUUAAUUGCUGAUACAGCGUUAAGGGGUGGCGGGGGUGAUCCAUCUGGUUGGAAGACCCCAGACUGGUCUCUUGAAAGCGACCAAGCCUUGUGUGAGAAGCAUAAUAUCCGUACGGCUAUUCUCUCAGUUACCGCUCCAGGCCCAGAUAUUGGCGAGGGACUAGAGGCAGCAAAGAUUGCAAGGAGAUGCAAUGAAUGGGCUGCGAGACUCAGGAACCAGAAUCCUCAAAGAUACGGCUUCUUUGCGGCGAUUCCGUCUCCGCUGAAGGACAUGCAACUCGCCCUGUCGGAAUUGGCUUAUGCGCUUGAUGACUUGCACGCCGAUGGUGUGACCCUAUUUACUCGCUACGGAAGUGGCAGACACUAUCUUGGCCAUGACGUCUUCAAGCCAUUGUGGGCAGAACUCGAAAGACGGAAAGCAGUUGUGUUCAUACAUCCUACAGCGGGUAUUGCGGCGGGGCCGAUCAACCCAAGGCUACCCGCGCCUAUGAUUGAAUACCCCCACGAAACGACACGCUGUGCAGUCGACCUUAUCACUUCCAGAACAAUCCAACAACACCCUAAUUGCAAAGUUAUUCUUUGCCAUUCCGGUGGCACGCUUCCCUUCAUUGCCAUGCGUCCCGCUGUCCUAUUGUCUCACGCAAAUUUGUCCGCAAUGACUCCGGAGGAAUUCAUUGCCGACGCCAGGAAGUUCUACUACGAUAUUGCGCAGAGUAGCUCUGAGGUGAUUCAAUUCUUGACGCAAUUUGCGGAUCCUGACCGAAUUCUUUACGGCAGUGACUACCCCUAUUGUCCACCGAAGACAAUUGACUUUUUCACGCUCGACCUGGACCUGUCAAAGCUCGAUAGCGAGCAGAUAUCGAAAAUCAAACAUGGUAAUGCCUUGUCGUUGUUUCCUCGUUUGAUUGCUAGACAGCUAGAUAAAUGA